UUUGAAAACACAGUCACACAAUAGUAGAAAGCAUUCAAAUGUAAUUUUCGAAAAACUUAAAAUAGCACACUGAAAAAUUGGCUGUUGGAUACAAAAUUCUAUAAGCAAAUUCAAGCGUAAUGUAACAUUGAAAUCAAUUAAGUCCAAUUGGAUUUGAGUUACCUUUUGUUGAUCUGCAAAAAAUGGUCAUGCAGAUGUCGGAACCGACGACUGCAACACCGCUGCCAUCAAUUGAUCUGCCCAGUGUCCCUAAGGUGCCAGCAAUCGACUUGCAAAUACCCAGUAGACAGAUUAGUACCACUUGCAUCAUUGUGUCCAGCUCCAGUUCCCACUCCAGUUCCAGCUCCAUAGAGAGCUGGAGAAAUACUUACUCCGAGAGAUGGGCCAACUGUGUGGCCAUCGCAUUGCGGCGAAUUGAUAGACUGGGCGAGUAUUUAAGACAGUUUAUCGCGUUUGUGGCGGCGAAGUUGCGACUCUUUUUCCACUCGGACAUCUUCACUUAUAGAGAAGCAGCCCUCUCUAAAGAGUCGGAACGGCAAUUACAGCUAGUGGAGAGGAAGACCCUAAUCCUUGAUUUGGAUGAAACUCUUGUGCACUCAUGCUAUGUUGAUCCCGACACACAGAGUGUUGUUGGCUGUCAAUUUGUGCCCUCAACAGCUCAGCCCGACUAUGUGAUGGAUAUUCAAAUCGUUGCCGAUCUGCAACCAGUUACGUUUCAGGUGUACAAGCGUCCCCAUGUUGAUCACUUUCUGGACUUUGUGGCCAAAUGGUAUGACCUGGUUAUUUACACCGCCAGCAUGGAAGCAUAUGCAUCCCUUGUGGUCGAUAAAUUGGAUGCUGGCCGUGGUAUUCUGCGGCGUCGCUUCUAUCGUCAGCAUUGCGUCUCAUCCACCAAUUUAAUUAGCAAGAAUCUCAAUGUUGUCAGUCGGGACUUAUCGAAAGUCAUGAUUAUCGAUAACUCGCCGGGCGCCUAUCGCGAUUUCCCACAGAAUGCCAUACCAAUUAAGACCUAUAUUUACGAUCCUGACGAUGAGGAGCUGCUCAAUCUCUUGCCCUUUCUGGACGCACUUCGCUUCACCAAAGAUGUUCGCAGUAUUCUUGGACGCCGUGAACCUUAAACCACACCUAGCUAAAAUGUCCUGCCAAUACUUUCAUGUCUGCAAUAAAUCUAUUCACUUAUAUAA